AUGGCUAUGCAAAUAAAUAUAGGUGCUUCUUCUUCUUCUACUUUGGAGGUGGCUUCAAAUUCUUUUGAUGUUUUUAUUAGCUUUCGUGGUGAUGAUACUCGUAGAAAAUUCACAAGCCAUCUUAAUGAAGCUUUGAAAAAGAGCGGUGUUAAGACAUUUAUAGACGACAGCGAGCUUAAAAAAGGAGAUGAGAUCUCAUCAGCACUGAUCAAAGCCAUUGAAGAGUCAUGUGCAUCUAUAGUCAUCUUUUCAGAAGACUAUGCUUCUUCAAAAUGGUGUUUGAAUGAACUCGUCAAGAUUCUAGAAUGCAAGAAAGAUAAUGGACAAAUUGUGAUACCAAUUUUCUAUGAAAUAGAUCCAUCUCAUGUGAGAUAUCAGAUUGGGAAUUAUGGACAAAUUGUGAUACCAAUUAAUGAAAUGGAAAAUAAAUAA